CGCAGUAUUUCGCAGUACGGUUCUCUGGAUUUCUUUCAGCAGCUGUCAUUGUGCGUAAAAGCAGUGGCAGACUAUUUCAAUUUUGAUCGUACAUACGCAUGGCCCUCGGGGAAGGGCCUGUGCUUGCUCUCGGUAAGCUCGCGUGGCGUAAUUGCUCAGUUUCACCAUAUGGCGCGUUGUCUUGGCCAGGCGGCGGCUGCGUGCCUACGCAGAACAGACAGCUUCCAAUAGCUAUAAUCAAGAGCGCGAGUAGUAUGAUCAAAGUCGAAACGGUUUCAACUGUCUCUGUGCACACUGCACGAGAACUAUGGUGGAGUCAUCUAGUCACCACUAGUUUUGUGCGGUGGCAAAGCUGGACGGUUGGAACUAGAGUACGGGGAUCUUUUGAAUGGCCUGUGCGCAUUCUGAGGGACAACGACAGCGAGAACAUUGAAGUUUCUUGCUGUCUUGAUCAUUUUGGCUCGUCUGCACGGGCGCUGAAGAAGCUAGCGUGGAGAAAAAUUGCCUGGUUUGAAAAGUGUGGCAAAAAUCCGUGGCAGCCCAACUCCGUAACCCCAUCGGUGUUGACAAUCUGUCGCUUCAGUCAUUGGAAGGGAGUGCUGCUACUAGGGAGACAAGUCAUCGGUAAAACUGCGGUGGCGGGAACAGCCCGGAGGCCGGUAUAGUGACGUGACAGGCACGGAAUCGCGGCCCGCCUACACGCCUACGCGAGGAAUGCCGAGAGAUCAGCUUGACCUGAAUAUGAUGAUGCCUUGAAGUUGCAUGGUUCCUCAAAGUUUUUGCCGCGACAGCAUCUUAUUUGCUUGGCUCGGAAGCGACGUCUCCGCCCUGUAAUGUAUCAGUGGCAUCAGUGACCGGUCUAUGCAACGUGCUAACUCUGACUUAACACAAUUUGUAGCCUACUCUUAUGCACUGUUCUUAGCUCCUUUCAGCGCUCAAAGAUAGAACAUGAA